AUGUCUACUCUGUCGUACAAAAAGCAAGAUGCUUACUCCACGUCAUCCAAUGUCCCGGAUAAAAUGGCGGUAUUUCAAGAAUGUCUUCAACAAUUCAACGCUACUCCGGUGAAUGCAAAAAAGUGUAGACAAUUAUUGGCAAGAUUGCUUAGAUUGAUCUACAAUGGAGAGGAAUUACCGGCCCAAGAGUCAACAACAUUGUUCUUUUCCAUUUCAAAGUUGUUCCAACACAAGGACCAAUCUUUGAGACAAUUGGUAUACUUGACUAUAAAGGAAUUGUCGUCCACAUCAGAUGAUAUCUUGAUGGUCACUUCUUCGAUCAUGAAGGAUAUUCAAGGAGGCGAUGCUGUCUACAAACCCAAUGCAAUUCGUACAUUAUCUAAGGUGUUGGAUCCUACUACAGUGACUGCAGCAGAAAGAUUAUACAAAAACGCUAUUGUUGACAAGAAUCCAAUUAUCUCUUCAGCAGCAUUGAUCUCAUCAUAUAAUUUGUUACCUCAUGCCAAGGAAGUGGUUAAAAGAUUUGGAAACGAGGCAAUGGAAACCAUUCAAUCCUACAAAUCAUUCCCUCCUAAUCAGUUCCAAUUGCAUGAAUACUACGGUAGUGCUACUUCAAACUUGCCAUCCACUUCCUUCAUGUACCAGUACCAUGCGUUGGGAUUGAUUUAUCAAUUAAGGAACCACGACAAAAUAGCAUUGAUGAAGUUGGUCACCACUUUGUCAGAAGGGUCAUCAUUGAAGAAUUCAUUGUCUGUUAUUCAGUUGAUCAGAUACAUUAACAAAAUUCUAGAUGAUGAUGAGGCAUUAUUCUCGCAAUUAUAUCCAGUCUUGGUGGGAUUUUUGAAGCACAAGUCCGACAUGGUCGAGAUAGAAGCUUGCAAGGCUUUGAUAAAUUUGCAGCAUUUGUUGAAGGACGACCAGUAUAUGCAAAUUGUAUCCACUUUGCAAAAGUUGUUGGGCGUUCCAAGGACAGCAACCAGAUUUUCUGCAAUCAGAUUAAUCAAUAAGAUCUCAAUCAAACACCCAGAAAAAGUGUUGGUGGUAAACUUGGAAUUGGAAAGUUUGAUUAAUGAUUCAAACAGAUCUGUGUCAACAUUGGCCAUUACAACAUUGUUGAAGACUAUGGGUGCUGGUACUACUGAAAGUUCAACAGGAGGAGAAAGUGUCGACAGGUUGAUUACUAAAAUGACCUCCCUCAUGGAUGAAAUCACCGAAGACUUUAAAAUUGUCAUUAUUGAGGCUAUUGAGAACUUGGCAUUAAAGUUUCCAUCAAAGCACAAAAAGUUAGUUUCAUUCUUGACAGACUUGUUGAGGGACGAUGGUUCUCUCGCAUUAAAGACUUCCAUUGUUGACGCUUUGUUUGACUUGAUCAAGUUUUUGCCCAAUGAGAGUGCCAAGCAAUUGAUUUUGAUGAAUCUUUGUGAAUUUAUCGAAGAUUGUGAAUUUACUGAAUUAUCAGUUCGUAUCUUGCACUUGUUGGGUGAUGAAGGUCCAACCACCUCAAACCCUUCGUACUAUAUUAGACACAUUUACAACAGGUUAGUACUUGAAAAUUCUAUAGUCAGAGCCUCGGCGGUUAUUGCUUUAGCCAAGUUUGCUGCCGUUUGUGAAGGUGAUGUUUCAAGAAACAUUGUGAUUUUGUUGACCAGGUGUUUAAACGAUGUCGAUGAUGAGGUUAGAGAUCGAGCUGCCAUUUCAUUGAAUUUUAUCAAUCACAAGAAAAAGAAUUUGAUUGUUAGUGAUUCGAGGUAUGAUUUGUCAGCCUUGGAACACAAGCUUGUCAACUACUUGAGUGACAAUGAAAACUUUAGUGAAAAGUUUGACAUUUCUGAAGUGCCAUUUAUUACCGCGGAAGAAUUGAAAUCUAUUGAAUAUAAUAGGAAAUUGAACAAAUUGGAGCGCUCCUCCGAUGAUAGUACUGAAGCCAAUGAAGGUGCUAAAAAGAAGGACAAGUCAGAAGAGAGGUCCGAUAAUAGUGCUAACGACCUAUUGAAACAACAAGAAUAUGCGCAGGACCUCUCAGCAAUCUCUGGGUUCGAACUGUAUGGAAAAUUGACAAAAUCGUCCUUAACCCCAUUGUACCUCACAGAUAAGGAGAAUGAAAUUGUUGUCAGUGUUGUUAAGCAUUUGUUUGUUGAGUCUCAGAAAUUGGUUUUACAAUACAAUAUCAAUAACACUUUACCACAUACUGUCUUGCAGGAUAUUUCGGUUAUCGCACAGCCGGAUAAUGAGCUUUACCAAGAAGAGUCUAUUGUUACAUUGCCGGAGUUGAAGCCAAACGAAACUGGUGUAGUCUAUGUCUCCUUUAGCACACCAUCAGUGGAUGAUGAGGAACUUUUGUCGGCCUUUGGUAAUACUGUGGCAUACACAAACAGGGAUGUUGAUGAAGACGGCCAGGUUGAUCCCACGGAUGAUGGCUGGUCUGACGAGUACCAGAUUGAUGACUUGGUUUUGUUUGCAGGCGAUUUUAUAAAUCCACUUUACAAUUCAAAUUUUUCCGCUGUAUUUGAUCAAUUACCAGCUUCCGAAGAAGGUAACUCCACCGGUUAUAUCGUCAAUGUUGACAGUUUGGAAAAUGCCGUGAAUAAAUUAAGAAGCAGCUUGAAUAUGACGCCGUUGGAUGGCUCUGACUACGUGCCAAGUGAUUCUAACUCGCACAGUUUGAAAUUAUUGGGCAAGGAUGUUUGGGGUGGCAAGGUUGGUGUUUCGAUUAGGUUGGCCAAGACAGGUGGUAAAAUCGUUGGUCGUAGUGAAGUGAGAACUGAAACUGACAAUUUUGCAAAUGUUGUUACUAGUAGCAUAUACGACUCGUUAUAG